UACAGAUUCUGCCAAUAAUAUUCAAUCCAAUUUAGAUCUCAUUGUGAAUAAUGACUUGAAUACGACCAACGCUCAGGACUCUCAAUUAAUUACAAGUCAAAUCAAACCUGCUGUUGCAAACUUGGUCAGUGCUGCUAAAUCAGUCGAUUGGAAUACCUUCCAACAAGUUGCUUCAAGCUUACAAUCGCUCAUGACUCAAAUUAGUGGUAAUUAUGGUCAAGUCCAACAAGGUCAACAACAACAGCAACAGCAAGGAGGAAUGCAAUCAAUGCCUCCUCCUCAACAACAAGGUGGUAUGCAACAAAUGCCUCCUCCACAACAAGGAUAUCCUUCAUCACCCAUGUAUCCACCAACCUAUGGUCAACAACAACAACCAAUGUAUCCAGCUGCUCAACAAGGUUAUCCAAGCCAACAAGUAUAUCCAGGAUAUGGUGGUCCACAGCAAAUGUAUCCUCCAUCUCAACAACAAGCCUACUAUCCUCAACAAUCCGCUUAUCCAGCUCAGCAACAAGCAUACUAUCCUCAACAAGCUGGCGGUCAACCUUACUCUUACAACCCAUCCAUGUAUGGUGGAGCUCAACCAUGGGUGUCAAUAGCUGGUGUAUCAGCACCAAACCAGCAGCAACCAAUGGUUUACAAUGGACAAUUUCCUGGUCAGCAAAUGGCAUAUGGAUCAAGGCCUGGUCAAACUUCUUUAGGAGAUCCUUACAUGGAAUCAUUGAUGAAUUAUGGAAUGACCAUGCCAAUUCCACAAAGACCUCAACAACAGCAACAAGCGACUCCUCCUCAAAGAUAA